AUAGCAACAACAAUAACGUCAAACAUAGCAAGUAAGAAACCGUGGCCAUUUUUUUCAACCAAUUUAGCCGAAAAAUAAGCAGAAACAUCCUCCUAAAUACCAAUAUUCAAAUCCCUAUACGUGGACCAAUCGAACCCCUUCUCCCCCUCCUAAUUGCAAAUAUCAUCUCCUCUAAUCCCCCAAUCAACCAACAUGCAGGAAAAUAAACCAUUAAAUUUUACUACAUCCAUUCUCCUGCAUCUUUCCUUCAAAAAUACCAUUAAAAUCUUCAUUAAUAUAGCUACACAUUCCCUUCUCCCCUUGCUACAAUAUGAUCCUCACAUCAAAAUCCUUAUUUCCAUGGCUCCUAAUCGGCUCCUUCAUCUUCUUCAUCUUCUCCCAAAACUCUUCUUCUCCCCCAUUUAGAAUCAAAGAGCUCAAACAAAGAUUCAAUGGCGGGUGGAAACCAGGGUGUGAUAUUACCAAUGGAAGCUGGGUGAGAGAUAAUGGAAGCAGCCAUGGAUACACUAACCAGACAUGCAAAACUUUACCAGAGUCGAAAAACUGCGGCAAGUAUGGGAAGAAGGGGGAUUAUGAGAGGUGGAGAUGGCAGCCGACAAGGUGCGAGUUGCCGAGGUUCAGUGCUGUGGAAUUCCUUGAAAUUUCUAGAGGGAAGAGAAUGGCUUUUGUUGGAGAUUCGGUUGCUCGAAAUCAGGCGGAUUCACUCGUCUGCUUUCUCUCUGAGGUUAGGCUAAUCCAUUUCAUAUCCAAUCAAAAGAACAAAACAAAAAUUAUAUCCUUUAAUGCAAGUAUAUUUUCGUAUAUGCAUGCAAGUUUUUAUCCUUGUCAAUGCAAGUAGAUUUUCAUAUUUCCAUCACAUCAUAUAAUGAUCCGUCUCAGUAUUGAAGAUUACUAAAAAAUUUGCAUUGUCUGCCAAUUACACGAUCGGAUAUAACUCUAUUGUUGGGAUCAUAA